CGAAGCCCUCACCACCAACAUCAGCGCAUGCGCCCCGCGCUUCAGCAACAACAACGUCCUCUCCUAGGACGUCUCCUCCCCAUUCCCUAUCCAGGAUGUCCUCCUGUCCCUUCUGUGACAUAGCAGCAAACUACCCACCCAAUACAUCCUUCGAAUCCAACCACGAGCGUGUGUCCCCUCCGGCUUUCGUCGUCCUGUCGACACCAUUAUGUAUGGCAUUCCUAGAUAUCAUGCCAUUAUCACCUGGACAUUUACUAGUUACCACGAGGAAGCAUCAUGGGAAGAUCAGUGAUGUGACGGAGGAGGAAGCGAGAGAAUUGGGAGCUUGGCUGCCCAGAUUGAGCAGAGUGCUUGCGAAUGUCACUGGUGUUUGGGAUUGGAAUAUUGUACAGAACAAUGGAGCCGCAGCGGCGCAAGUUGUUCCCCAUGUGCAUUUUCACAUCAUCCCUCGGCCGUCAUUAACACCGGAAUUACGGAAUAAAUCAUUUACAAUGUUUGGGAGAGGCCAGAGGAGUGAGAGGGAUGAUGACGAGGCUGCUGCAUUAGCAAGAAGUCUGAGGGAGGAAUUGGCGGGAGAAAUGGAGAGAAUACAAAAUAGGGAGAAGUUAUAGGGGCCAGGAAAUGGAAAUGGCACGGAGAUAUCGAGAUUGACUUAGAUGGGUUUUUAGAUCCGGGAGGUAGAUUUUGGUAGGAUAGAUCAAUGCUGCAUUUUCUGGCGUUGGGCUUGUAAACUGCUGUAGGAUACGAGUUCCUCCGAGAGGGCAGGGUCAUGUUGUUAAGCAAUUAAGGAGAUAUAGUCAGUGCUGGAUAAAUGCACUAUGUUCGUUCGGGACAAUGGCGGUGCACGAGUAUGAUGGACCAGUAGAGGACGAGUUUUCUGCGUGAGAGUUGUCCAGGAUCAAAAGGUCACCAGACGCAAUGCUAUCAUCAUGACCAG